AUGAGACUGAACAAAAUUUCUUUACUUACUGGUAUAGUUUCGCUGGUUGCUGCAAUGGCUAUGGCUAUGGAUAUGGAUAUGGAUAUGGAAAUGCAAAUGCAAAUGCAAGAUGAUAGACCUAUAACAAGCACAACAGCCACGGAUGGUAAAAUUAUACCGACUCCCUACGAAGCUAGCCAUUUACAUGGAUUACCGAUACUAGAAAGGCCAGGUUUAACCGCUGCAGAAAAAUUAUAUUGGGAAAAUUAUUCUUCAGAGACAUUUUUUAACACUCAGGAGGGUAAUCGUUUUGCGUUUAAAUAUCAUGUGGUUACAAUGUGUUUAGUAAUGUUUGUAGCCUAUCCAAUUUCUUUAGUGCUCAAUUCUGUAAAUUCUGGUUGGUAUUUGCCCUGGUUAACAAUUAAUUUAACUCUGACGGUGUCUUCUUUAAUUUUUGCCGCUAUCUUUAGUUCAACUUUCCCACAUGAAUGGUAUCCAGGUAAUAUUUAUAAAUCUACUUCAAUUGUACUCUUUGUUUUAAUAAUGUUACAUUUUAUUGUUGCUGUAUUAUCAAAAAUUGCCUCCAGUAUUGUUAUUGAAGAUUCAUUUGAAUACUCUUCCUUAGGUCAUGGUGGUGAUGUAAUCCCAUUGAAAACGUACCCUUCGGGUGGCUCUCCAAGUUCUACCCCAGAAGAAGAAAUUGAAACAAACUCGUUAAGAAAUAAUGUUUCUGCUCAGUCACGUUUCUUAAAUUAUAAAAUAUUCAAAUCACAAUUGGUUCAACGUUUAGCUUGGACAUUCGGUGGAUUAUGUUCAAUAAUAUUCCACACGUUAAAUUAUCCUUUAAUGUUAUACAUUCUGUUUAACAAUUGUGUGGGACUUGCAGUUGGAAACCUUUUUGGUAAGGGUCCACGUGUGUUUAAUUUACUAGCUCAUUGGAUUAAAGGAUCGGUAUUUGUGAUUCUUGGUGUGGUUUCUUUAGCACGUUAUUGUGGUCUUGGUCAAUCUCAUGGUUGGGCAUGGAAUCGGAUCACAUAUACAAAUUCGCAACGUAUAAAUUCACAUUGGCUAAGAUAUAUGCCUAAAGGCACAAUAACAAUGGAAUUUAUUGAAUCCUUCUUAAUCUUUUUUUAUGGUUCUACAAAUGUGUUUUUAGAACAUUUGGCAGGUGCAGGUGGUUCAUGGACUGCAAAGGAUUUACAACAUGUAUCAAUCGCAUUCAUGUAUAUUGGAACAGGUCUAUGUGGUCUGUUAUCAGAAAUUAGGCUUAAUAAUUGGAGAUAUUAUAAUACGUUAAAGACUAGUAAUAUGUCCAAUGAGGAAAUAUUUGCGGCCACGCCAGGUUAUAGCCCUAACCCUUUUCCAACAAUGACAAUUUUCUGGACUGGGAUUCUUAUGUCUCAACACGCUCAACCAUCACAUACAUCCACUUCGGUCCAUAUGCAAUGGGGUUAUUUAUUGUCCUAUGGUUCAUUUUUCAGAAUAUUCACCUUCUUGAUUUUGUAUUUUAAACCUUUAAAAGAUGAUUAUCCAUCGAAACCAAUUACUGAGGUCAUAACAUCACUCUGUUUACUAGCAGGUGGACUUAUUUUCAUGGAAUCUACUGAUCAAAUCAUUGAAGCGAUGGAUUACAGAGGUUAUACACCGAUGUUUACAUUCAAUAUCAGUGUCGGGUUCGUGGCAUUAUUUAUGGCAUGGGUAAUGAUUAUUUGUAUGUGGAGAGAAUGGUUAUUGCAAUGUAAGGCAACUAAGUAA